UGGACUGUGGUAUCUCCCUUCGUGAGUCCCUCCAGAGACUUCUUCUUCUUCUUUUCUGAGUUAGGGUUUUUCUUCUGGCUAACGACAAAAAAGGCUCCACCUUCACGUUUCGUCUUCUUUAUUAUUAAUUAUCACUAUUUUUAGCGCGUAUACGAAAAGAACAUGUAUUCCUCCAGAGGAAGUAAUGCGUACGGACAGCAAUCUUAUGCUGGGCAAUCUGCUUAUGGCCAGAACCUCGGAUCGGCUUAUUCUGGAAGUACUGUUGGAGGGCCUGACGGUGGUUCUCAGCUUUCCAUGGCUUCGCGCCAUUCUUCGAUGUUAAGUGGUUCUCAAGAAGCUGAGGCUGGUGGGUUUAGAGCUCAUUCUGCGGCCACGGCUCAUUAUGGUGGACAAUACAGUUCUGUGUAUGGCUCGGCUGCUUUGUCCGGUGUCUCUCAGGUUCCUGCAGUAACUGUCAAAGCUGGUUCAUCUGCUCUUGAAGGUCGCGCGGGCUAUGCGUCAGCUAUAACAGAUUCUCCAAAAUUCUCAUCUGGUGAAUAUGUCCCAUCUUCAAGCCACGGGUAUGGUCACAAAGCGGGUCAAUUAUACGCGGAGAAGAAUUCUGACUUUCCUGCGAUAGAUAGAAGGCAAUACGGUGAACGUCAGAGCUCUUAUCUGGGACGGGACUUGCAAAGUGAACCCACUGGACGAUAUGCCGAUUCUGUUAGUUUUGCUCAUCAGCAUCAGAGUGAGAUUUAUGACAGAAUUGAUCAGGCGGUGCUGCUUCGGCAAGAACAGCUACUGAAGGCACAGUCAUUGCAAUCUGCUACUCUUGAUGGGAAUUCCAGAGAAAGCGAUUAUCUUGCAGCAAGAUCUGCUGCGAGUCGUCAUACCACCCAAGAUCUCAUCUCGUUUGGAAGAGGGGAUGCUGAUUCUCGUAGUUUAUCACUCCUUAGCGCUUCAUCGUACAACGCACAACAUGCCCCAUCAAUAUUAGGGGCAGCUCCACGGCGAAAUGUUGAUGAUCUUGUGUAUGCACAAAGUUCUUCAAAUCCUGGUUAUGGAGUGAGUCUCCCUCCCGGUAGGGAUUACGCCACAGGGAAAGGGCUCCAUGUUUCAUCACUCGAGCCAGAAUAUCUGGGAAGCGUGUUGCCUCGCGGUGGUCAUUCGAGGGUUGAUGAACAAAAGGGUGAUAGGGCUAGUUACCUUCGGGAGUUCGAACUAAGGGAGGAGGAACGCCGUCGCGAGCGAUUGCGGAAUAGAGAAAGAGACAGAGAAAGGGAGAAGGAACGCGAACGUGAACGAGAUCGAGAACGAGAACGGGAAAGAGAAAGAGAGCGUGAAAGGGAACGCAUUUUGGAGCGGCGGGAAAAGGAGAGAGAGCGGGAACGCAAACGUGGACUUGACAACAAGCGUGAAAGAAGUCUACCAAGAGUUUCUAGGGAUCGCCGAGGCUCGUCUUUGUUAAGGGAGGGAAGACCUUUACGACGUGAUUCCCCACAGCCAGAAGCUUUGCAUAGGCGUCGUUCCCCUGUUAAAGAAAAAAGGAGAGAAUAUGUCUGCAAGGUUUACACGUCCAGUUUGGUCGAUGUAGAGAGGGAUUAUCUAUGCAUAGACAAGCGAUACCCAAGGCUCUUCAUAUCCCCCGAGUUCUCCAAGGCUGUUGUAUACUGGUCGAAGGAGAACCUUAAACUUUCAAUCCAUACUCCUGUCAGUUUUGAGCAUGGUUUUGUUGAAGAAGAGGGUGCGGCUAUGGCGAAAAAGGAUUCUGCUACCCUUUUGGCUGAAGAACCUGCAAAAUCAGGGAAUAGAAACACAGUUUGGAAUGCAAAGGUUAUUUUGAUGAGUGGAAUUAGCAAGAGUUAUCUGGAGGAUCUCUCAUCUGAAAAAAUUUAUGAUGAUCGGAUACCCCAUAUAUACAACAUAUUGCGGUUUGCUGUUCUUAAAAAGGAUCAUUCGUUAAUGGCAAUCGGUGGCCCGUGGCGUGCUGUGGAUGGUGGUGACCCAUCAGUUGAUGAUACCUCAUUAAUUCAAACUGCCCAAAGGUAUGCAAAAGAGAUUGCUCAACUUGAUCUACAGAAUUGCCGCCAUUGGAAUCGUUUUCUGGAGAUACACUAUGAUCGAAUUGGCGAGGAUGGACUGUUCAGCCAUAAAGAGAUUACUGUACUGUUUGUUCCAGAUUUGUCUGAAUGUCUCCCUGCAUUGGAUGCAUGGCGUGAACAGUGGCUUGCAUACCAGAAGGCUGUUGCUGAAAGGGAGCGUCAACUUUCUUUGCGAAAAGAGAAAUUGAAGGAGAAGGAGAAGCAGAAGCAGAAGGAGAAGGAGAAGGAGAAGCAGAAGGAGAAGGAGAAGGAGAAGGAAAAGGGAAAGGAAGGGAUAAAAGAUAAAGGUACGGAUUCAUCAAAAGAUGUUAAAACGGACAAAGAAGAAAAAAAGAAAGAUUCUACAUCCUCUGGAAAAGCCAAAGUUGUUGAGAAAAAGGAAAAAGAUGGCAAGGAGUUAAAGGGAAAUGUAUCAGAAGCAACUGGUGAUGCAGAUGACCAACCUGAGAAACCAGAUCAGACAAAAGGUACAGAGGAAGGUGUGAAUGUGGAUAAAAAAGAGGAGGGGGCAACUGCUGUUUCUCAGACAACCAGCGACGUUAAGGCUGGGAAGAAGAAAAUCAUAAAAAGGAUAGUCAAACAGAAAGUUGUUGGUAAGACAGCUGGUGAUACUGCAAGUAAACAACAGAAUGGAAAUGGAAAUGAAAAAGAAGAGAAUAAUGCAAAUUUAGAAAGUUCAGGUCAGCAGGAUCCGUCUUCAGCUGGGUCAAGUGGGGUCAAGACUUUUAUGAGGAAAAAGGUUACAAAGAAGGUAGUAAAGGCCAACACAAAUGAAGAUAAAGAUGCACAAAUUGAGAAGAAAGUUGAAAAGGAAAUUGACAUCUCUGCGGACAAAUCAAAGGACAAUUCAGAUCCAAGCAGUGGUGCAACUGUGCAAGAUUCCGGUGUGAAAACAACUGUGAAGAAGAAGAUUAUCAAGAGAGUACCUAAAAGAAAGAUUGCUAGUGUUGAAUCCAAUGAUGGGGUUCCUGACAUUCAGAAAGAGGCUGAUAGCAAUGAGAAAAAGGUUGUUAAGGAAGUAGAUUUAACACCAAAUUCAGGGAAGCAAAUUGCAGAUGUAGAAAACAAGCCAACUGAAGUAAACAAAAGUGAGAAGAAAGUAGAUGCCGAAAGCAAGCCAACUGAAGUCAAAAAAAUUGAAAAGAAAGCAACUUCUAAAACAGAGUCAUCGGCGGCACAAGGUAAAGAGAAACAAGAUAAUGUGGUAACUUCUAGUUCAGUAGAAGUGAAGGAUGAAAAAGCAGAGAAGAAAGAGGUAAAGGUAACGGGUGAGAGGAGUAGCUCUGGUACUAGAGAAGAGGUUGAUCCUGACAAGCAAAAGGUAUCUCAAAAGGAUGUCAAUGAUAGCAAGAAGGGGAAAUCAAAGGAGGGUGAAAAAGUUAAAGAUGAAAAGGACAAAAAGGGCAAAAACGUAAAAGAUGAGUCGAGAAGCAAACCAAGUAAAGAACUGAAAGAAAAGAGAAAGUCUGAAGAACCUCCUCGACACCCGGGAUUUAUACUACAACCUAAAUGGAACAAAGAUUCUAAACUGCGAUCAUCAUCACUUACACUGGAGUCCCUCUUGGAUUAUACCGACAAGGAUGUUGAAGAAUCAAUAUUUGAGUUUUCACUCUUUGCCGAGACGCUUUGUGAAAUGUUUCAGUAUCAGAUGGGUUAUCGUCUUUUGACUUUUCUCCAGAAAUUGCGCAUAAAAUUCGUGAGAAAGAGAUCUCAUCAAAAGAGGCGCAGGGAAGAAAAGAGUGGGAAGGAAAAUGAGAAAUCAUCACCAACUAAGCGCCUGAAGACAGACGAACCCCCCUCUGUGAAAAAUGAAUCUGACAAGAUAUCUGAACCAUUGAAUGCUGGUCAGCCUGAUGACAAGAAAGGUAAUGAAAACAUAGCAGAGGAGCAUAAAUCUGUUGAUCCUGUUGAUGAGGUGAAGAUGGAGAAUGAAACAGAUGAAGAUGAAGACCCAGAGGAAGACCCAGAAGAAGACCCAGAGGAAGACCCAGAAGAAGAUCCAGAAGAAGAUGAAGAAAUGGAUGACGUUAAUCCUGAAGAAGAUGAUUCCUCUGUCCAAAAUGACACAAAAGAAACAAACUUGAACGCUGAACCUGGAAAUGAGAAGGAUGAAGCUGACAAGUCAGUUAAAGGACAACCUGACACGGGAGCUGCAGAGACAACAACAAAAUCUGAUACAAAUACAGGCGAAAAAAUUGAGGCAAAGGCAGAUACUUCUGAAAAAGGUGCUCCUGCUACUAAGGAGGCGCCUGUCGACAAGGAACUAUUACAGGCUUUCAGGUUUUUUGACCGGAAUCGAGUUGGCUACAUUAGGGUUGAAGAUUUGAGAUUGAUUAUCCACAACUUGGGGAAAUUCCUCUCCCACAGGGAUGUCAAAGAACUUGUGCAGAGUGCAUUGUUAGAGAGCAACACAGGAAGGGAUGACCGCAUUCUCUACAACAAGCUAGUCCGAAUGUCCGACAUAUAAGAUUUUAAGAAUUUUUAGAGCGAGUUCUAUGCUCCUGGAUAUAUAUCUUUUUUUUUCUUUUUUUUCUUGGAUUUAUAGUAGAGGUUUUUCAAGAAAUUUAUUACAUAGUGCUGGAUGUGGAAGAUGGAUUUGAAUCUGCUAUUAAUUUUUGCUUAAUUAAUUUGACGAUUUGAAUCUGCUA